GGCGUACGCAUACGGGCGUAUUUAUAAGGACGAUCAACGGUGAACUGUCAAAAUCAGUCAAAAUCAGUCAAAGUCGACAUUGCAUGGUACUCUUAAAUUUAUUUGCACGUCUUGGAAAAUGACUUAACUGAAUCUAUUGAUGCAUCAUGGCACCUGAGCCCACGCAAGAACCUAUUAAAGAUAAUCUGACAGUUUCCAAUACAGUCCUGGAUACGAGAGUGGCGAAUGAUGAGGAAGACAGUGACGAUGAAGAAAUGAUUUUAGCGGGAUAUUUGCCAUUAUCUCAAGUGGCUACUGAUGCUGAACCCAUAUUAGGUGAAGAAGAGAAUGAUGAAUGGCUGUCUGAAUUUGGCGAACCUAAUCAAGCGUCAUCUAAUCAAGCGUCAUGUAAUCAAGCGUCAUGUAAUCAAACGUCAGCUAAUCAAGCAUCAUCUAAUCAAGCGUCAUCUAAUCAAGCAUCGUCUAAGCAAGCAUCAUCUGCUACAGUAACCAAAACCCAGCAAAGUUGUUCUGCAGAGGUACUGGAAGUUUGGUCGUGCCCGCACAAUCGUUCUGAUAUUGAUCUAGAUGCAAAUAAAAUCAAAGAAGUAAAAUCCGUAAUGGCGUCCAUUACCAUUCCCGAAAGUUGCAUUCCGCAAUGGGCAAAUGCAAUCUCAGAAGAGCAAUGGAAGGAGCAACUUCUCAUACGUAUCAAACAAAUGCAGAAUAAAGAUUCGCAGAGCUGAAAUUGCAACAGUUGAGCUGGUUGUAAUAAAAAAAUUAAAAUCUUUACUGUCAGCUGUACACAACAAGCGGUACAUCUGGAAUUAUUUAAAGUAUAAUUUAUUAUAACGCGUGAAAACGCAAAAAUAUGUAUGA